UAGACGCGCUACAACCUUCGUUCGUUUAUUUUUCAAACUUUCUUUGAUUCACGAUUGAUUCGGUGUUGUUUCAAGCUGGGUCCUCGCGCCGUGUUACCAAAACACGCACUGAGAUUUGCAGAAGUAAAGUAAAGUGACUCUCGGAGAGGAAGUUUCUCACGGCCCGCAGGAUGAUCCACAGCCUGUUCCUGGUGAGCACGGCGGGCCACAUCUUCCUGGAGAAGCACUGGAAGAGUGUCAUCAGCCGCUCCGUGUGCGACUACCUGUUCGAAGCUCAGGGCAAGGCGAGCGCCCCCGAGAACGUGCCGCCGGUGAUCGCGACCCCGCACCACUAUCUGAUCAGCGUCUACCGCGACAGGAUCUUCUUUGUGGCCGUCAUCCAGACGGAGGUGCCGCCGCUCUUCGUCAUCGAGUUCCUGCACCGGGUUGCCGAGACUUUCCAGGAUUACUUUGGGGAGUGUUCGGAGGCCUCCAUCAAGGACAACGUGGUGAUCGUCUACGAGCUGCUCGAGGAGAUGCUGGACAACGGCUUUCCGCUGGCCACUGAGGCCAACAUCCUGAAGGAAAUGAUCAAGCCUCCCACAAUUCUGCGCUCCGUGGUCAACACUAUCACAGGGAGCAGUAAUGUUGGAGGAACGCUGCCCACAGGCCAGCUGUCGAACAUCCCUUGGCGGCGUACAGGAGUGAAGUACACCAACAACGAGGCAUACUUUGAUGUGGUGGAAGAAAUAGAUGCUAUUUUGGACAAGUCAGGAACCGUCGUGUUUGCCGAAAUCCAGGGUGUAAUCGAUGCUUGUGUGAAGCUCUCUGGGAUGCCAGACCUGACGCUGUCUUUUGUGAACCCCCGUCUCCUCGAUGAUGUGAGCUUCCACCCCUGCGUACGCUUCAAGCGCUGGGAAGCAGAGCGGGUGCUCUCCUUCAUUCCCCCUGACGGAAACUUUCGACUAAUGUCAUAUCACGUCAAUGCCCAAAACUUGGUUGCCAUUCCUGUGUAUGUGAAGCAGAACGUCAGUUUCUUUGAGACUGGGUCUUCGGGCCGUCUUGACAUUACAGUGGGGCCCAAACAAACGAUGGGGAAAACAAUUGAAGAUGUGGUGAUAACAGUGCACAUGCCCAAGGUGGUGCUCAACGCCAACCUUACUACCAACCAGGGGACCUCUACCUACGACCCUGUAACCAAGGUGCUGGUUUGGGACAUUGGAAAACUUAACCAGCAGAAGGUGCCGAAUCUGAAGGGGAGUCUCAGUUUGCAGUCUGGCGCUCCUCGGCCUGAUGAGAACCCUACGCUCAACAUUGACCUCAGAAUUCAGCAACUCGCCAUCUCAGGCUUGAAGGUGAACCGUCUUAAUAUGUUUGGAGAAAAAUAUAAGCCAUUCAAAGGGGUCAAAUAUGUGACCAAAGCCGGGAAGUUCCAAGUGAGGACAUGAAUUACUGAAUGUAUUUUAUAUAUAGAAAAACCAUUGUGCCAAAAAGUCAUUCUGGUGCCAUUCAAGGCCAGUCUUAUUAAAUAUACAGAUUUUUUGGGCAAAUACGUUCUCUAGCACAACAUGUGAGAGAGAGUAGAAUCUGGUAUUUCACAGACUUGCAAAUAAGCAAAAGCCUCAGAUGUCUUAAAAGGGAAUUAAUAGUACAGAUCUGGGAUUUACCUUUUUUGCAUAAAAAGGUAAAUUAGUUAU